UUGGCUGCACGGAGGUGUGAGCUACACAUAAGGUGAGCAGAUCCCAAUUAUUGCGCAGGCUCCGAGUCUCGUAACUGCUCCAAAAAUAUCACCUCGGUGCUCCAAAAAUAGCACCUUGGUGCCCCAAAAGGCAGCGGUGUGAGUCAAACUGCACAGAUUAUGCAGUGGGGAUCAACGCUGCUCCAUCUGUCUGUCCUCGCCAAGGGAGCUCUGUCGUCCUUGUGAAGGCUGCACCUCGCUCCAGUGUCCCCUGCAGACUCCAGCGAGCGAGGGAGAGAAUUUUUAAGCCUAGUUCAGCCAAGAACAGGAAUUAACAUGACCGGAAGAGAGAUCCAGCUGAGUUGGGGUCCUUGUACCAGCCCGUAGCACCCCAACCAAAGCCCGGUGAGCAUCACUGGGGUGAGCGAGUCAUUCUGCCCGGCUGUCCUCCUCUUCACCCUCCCCAAAAGGCUGUGACAGCCCCGGGGAGAGAAACCUGAGCCUCACCACGGCACCAGAUCCACAUUUCAUCCUCCCCUGCCCAGCACCAGCCGCUCUCCUCUCUCCCCUUCGCCUGCCGGAGCAGCUCGCUGUGACAGACUCGGAGAACAAGAGGAUACCAGAAUUCUGACCCUGGAGAGAGAAAAGCCAUGGGGAAUGGGAUGAGCAAGGUUGUCAAAGGCCUCUACCUUGGGAAUAUCCGCGACUCUGAGGACCGGGAGAACCUGCAGAGGAAUGGGGUUACACACAUCCUCUCCGUCCACAACCGCGCUGAGCCAGUGCUGGAGGACAUGACUUAUCUCUGCAUCUCAGCUUCGGAUUCAUCCAGUCAAAACCUGCUGCAGCAUUUCAAGGAGUGCAUCAAGUUCAUCCAUGAGUGCCGGCUUGCGGGGGGAGGCUGCCUCGUUCAUUGCCUGGCCGGGGUCUCCCGCAGCACCACCAUCCUGGUGGCUUAUCUGAUGACGGUGACAGAGCUUGGCUGGGAGGGCUGCCUGGCUGCCACCAAGGCUGUCCGGUCCUACGUCAGCCCCAACUUUGGCUUCCAGCAGCAGCUGCAGGAGUAUGAGGCCACCUUGCUGCAGGAGUAUCGUGCCUGGAUCCGUCGUGACUAUGGCAGGAACCCGUUUCGGGACCAAGAGGAGCUGCAGGGCUUGCUGGCUGGGCAGGAGCAGCAGCUGGGGAGCAGGGAUCAGUCCUGGCUCCAAUCCUCAACUCCAACCUCCCCACUCCCCGACUGCACAGGUGGCACCGGCAGAAGCAGAUGGAUGAACAGAUAAGCAACUGUUUGCUUGCAGACCCUUGGGCUUGGAAAACUCCCUCUUCCCUUUGCCAAGCACCGGCAUGGGUUUGUGUCUGGGGCAGAAAACAGCCAGCGAUGGGCUCGGCUGUGGGCUCAGGGGUGGAGCAGGGGUGUCAAGACCUGCAGACCCCCCUCUGGGCUGCUGUAUCUGUCUAAACCUCUGGGCAAGCUGGUUAAUUGAUGACAGGGUCUUGCUCUGUCCUGUUCCCUCAUUCUGCAGGGGAUCACAGCCACUUUGCCAUCACCUGGAGCAGCCACCAGCCCCAUCCCUCUCCCUGGUGAUGUAGUACCCGGGUGCUCCCCAAGUGGGACAGGGGGAUGCUGAUAUGGAGAGAAAAGUCACGGUGGGAUAAAAUGGGGAAAAGACACCUUGCCGCCUUCUUUGCAGUGAAGCUGGAGGCUGGUGCAGCCUGUGAGGAUGUCCUGAGGAGAGAGGGACGGUCCCCAGGGGUGGGUGUGCUGCUGUCUCCCAUGGGAUGGGAGAAGGGACAGAGGCUGAGCUGCUCCCGGGCACCAUGUUCAGACUUUUCUGGUUCAGCCUGUCCUUGGCAAAUGUCCAUCUGGCAUUUUUCUUAACCCAGCCCCCAGGGAAGGGGGAAAUCCAGAGGUGCUCAAGGCUGCCCGACCCCAUCACCUUCCCAUCCCCGGAGCUGGAGCAGUUUUGGGUUUCCACCAGCACCCAACCUGAAUGUUCCCGGUUGCAAAGGAAGCUCAGUUGGACCCACAGACCAAUUUUAACACUGUCUUUCUCCAACAGCCUUUUUAAUAUGAAAAGACCAUUACCAUAUCCCCUUUUUCAUCCCAAACUCAUACGGUGCCUUUCCAGGUGUGGGUUCUUUUGCCAGGGCUCCCCACAUCUUCCUACAAGGGCAGGGGGUCCCAGCUCAUCAACUCAACCCUUCUACAUUUAAACCUUUGACUCUUCCAUGCCAACUUGGCCUUUUGCUACAAAUACUUUGCUUGGCUUCUCAGUAAUAUCUGCUCUGCAAUCCAUUCUGAGAAAAAAAAAAAAGGGUGCCUAGAGUAUUUCUAGGAAUUCUCUUAAUGAAAAUUUCUGGGUACUCCAAGUCUGACAGUGCUGGGGUGACUUGCCCAACUCUUAAUAAAGCAAGAGUGAUUAAAACCA